GUUGUCCAGACGUAAAUAUGCGUCACAGGCACAUCUAUUGCGCCUUGCGGUGCUCCGAGGUCACGUGUCCUUUCCUGGGGGCGAAUGACGCACCGCGCGGCGGCCAGGUAUAUAUCGGAAGGUCACCGGCGGCGUCUUCAGUCGAUAAUCUAGUCGGUGGUCAGCAACAUGAAGCCGUUUGUGACGCUGUGCCUUCUGGCGGCGCUAGUGGCGGUGGUGACCUGCCAACCUGAACAGCAGGCAGCCGCCGAGUUUACACCGGAUGCCGACCAGCCGGUGGCCUCUGAAGCCGGAGAUUUGAAGGGUUCUGAAACUGGCAUCUUCGGUCGCCUGCUCGGGGGCCUCCUGGGUCGCGGCCGUUACGGUCGAAGACACGGAUACGGCGGUUACUUCGGGGGAUACCCGUACGGCUCGGGAUAUGGAUACGGACACCGCGGAUACGGAUACGGAUACCCUGGAUAUGGACAUGGGCUUGGAUACGGUCUUGGCAAUGGAUAUGGAUACGGAUACCCGUAUUACGGAUAAUGAAUGACAAUCUGUGUACACUGUUCAGCCUCGCACUGGGAACGUGCUGCGCUGCUGUUCUGGCGUCACGUGGCGAAACCGAAUGAAUGCCUUGCGAUGGAUUUUUGCUCAAACGUGCACGGUUCGGAUCGACUCAUUUUGAUGUGUAGACUUAGUUUUGUUCUAGUCGGAUGCUUGAAAUGCAUUCAUUUUCACAAAUGUGAGCAUUGUCUUUAGCAGGAUAGGAUCCAAAAUACUUGGAUGUAAAUGUUUACUUGGCACUUAAAAGUUGAAACGCGAUUUUCUCUUUCAUUCUUAUUUCUUGGAUCCACAGGUAAUGUUGAUAAAGGCUAAUCGGAUCAAGCGCUACUGUGUAUAGCAACGAGCAAUCAAUGAACAGGUAUACAGUUUGCUACAUUAGUGCCUACAUAUACGGAGGUGCGGUCGCUGCGCUAAAAAAACGCUUGUAAUACGCAUUUAGUUCCUCAGGUAGGUGCUCUACCUUUAGGAGCAUUUUAGUCAUAAACCACGACGUGAAAUUGUUGCGUGUACAUGCAACAAUUGCGAAUCCAUCGAAAAUUCGCAAUUGAAUGCUGAUCUCACAUACUUCAAUAAUAAAACGAUGGCCCAAA